AUGGAGAAGUAUCAAUGUUCACAAUGCCCAAGAAGCUUCAAGAGAUCCGAGCAUCUGAAGCGACACCAGAAAGGCCACGAUAGCCUGAGGGGCUUUGAAUGUGAUGUUUGUCACAAGAGCUUCACGCGCAGAAACAAGCCCGUCGAAGCAUCUCCAGCCUCACAAACUGGUGUCGUUGCGCAUACUCCGAACCAAACUCUCAUCAGCCCAGUCAAGACAGUAGAUCACGCGUCGCAGCCUCAGCACGUACAAUCAGAUCUGCAGCUCAUGCUACCUUCACAACAGACACCACAUUCACAGGACAGUCCUUUCAUCGACAGUGCUGGGAACGAGCAGCAACCGGGUUUUGAUUAUGAUCUGUCCACUUACGAUAUCGACUGGGACUUCCCCAUCAAUUGGCUACCGUACGACAAUGAGAUUGAGACAAACUACUGCUCGAUUCUCGGCCUCGAUAUGAACCAGCCGAUUGAUGCUGGCGAUGCAACCAUGAUAGAUCAGCCAGUUCCCAGCUUUCCCAUGAUCGAUGCUCCGCCACGUCGUUUGUCAGCCGUAACAUCGCUUUCCCCGGGCAGUGGUCUAGGAGUUUCUCCCCAGUUGAGUAUGAGUUCUGGACGUACCAUACCCGGUGAUCUGUACGCCACGAGUUCAAACGGCGCCCGACGUCCUUGUACCGCCAAGUCAAAGCAGCUGUUCCCACCGCCGGGCCUUCAAGGAUAUACACAGCUACCCACCAUUUCCCAAGACUCAGCCCUCCGAGCCAAUACGCUUUCGUUCCCUGAUCUGAGCCAUAUUAUCCUAGAAGACGAAGCGUACAGAGAGUCCUUCAUGACAGAGUUGACGUACAGCAAGAUCUGCGACGCUUUUAGACAAACGUGUCUCGAAGCCUCCAUGUUCCAUCAGCACUACACCUCCGCUGACUUUCCGUCACUGAAGCUACUCGAAUACUUCGUCAAGCUCUUCUUUGAAAACUUCGACCCCAUCAUUCCGCUUGUCCAUCCUCACACAACAGACCUAAACGGAAAUUGGGUUCUUGCUCUAGCGAUAUGUGCCAUUGGGAGCCAGUACUCCGCUACAGCGGAUAUCCACGCCUGCGUCAUACCAUUCCACGAAUUUCUUAGAAGGACUUUGGUUACUCAACUGGAAGGGUCAGACUUGACCUUGCCGCUGGCUCAGGCUCUUGUGCUGAGUCAGGUUGGCCUGCUAUACUCUGGUGGUAGUCAACUUCAAAAGGCUGCUUACGAGAGGAUGGGGAGUCUGCAGAGAGUCAUCACUUCCUAUCUUUGCCCAUCUGAUUCUCAGCGAGAACCAUCGACGGAGGUGCAUGGUGAGGGAGAGGAAGAUAGGUGGCGAGGUUGGGUUGAAGAUGAGACUUGGCGUCGAGUGUGCUAUUUCAUUUGGCUAUUAGAUCGCAUGGGACGGUACUUCUUUGAUGACCACCAGACAGGCACCUUCAACGUCGCGAACCUGACCUUGCCGCACGAUGGCCUUUGGUCACAAGCAACCUCAUCAGAUUGGAUACAACUCCAUCGCCGCAUUGAUGCAAAUCCAACACUCGAAGUCGCCAUCGGCUCACUCUUCCGCGAACGAACCGCCAAAACCGAUCUCGGUGAAUUCUCGCGCAUCCUCCUCCUGCACGCAGUCUACCAAGAAUACACCACCGUCAGCACCUACUGCAAGCGCCCUCUCUCAUCCUGGAUCCCCCAGAAUAACCCUGAACCUCGCAGCGACGAGACCCAGCACCUUCAGCUCUCGGACUCAAACUGGCGAAACGCUGCUCUCGAUUGCGUGGAUACGCUUCACUGGGCUGCCAAUGCCACCAUAGCGUCGUUGCUUGGAGCUGAGCACCCCACGGUUCUGCAUCUGCACUUCUCGCGUGUUGUGCUGCUUGUUCCGCGGAAAGCGAUAAUCACGCUCGCGAAGUAUCUGAAGGCGCCGGAGGGGUUGAGGAAAGAGGCUGCGAGUCAGAAGGAGGCGCUGCAGGCAGAACGAGAGAUAUCGGAGUGGGCUCAGCAAGAUGGCUCGAAAGCUCGUCUCGCAGCGCUACACUGCGGCUGUUUCCUCUGGCACGUCCGCCGCUACGCAAAAAUGACAUUCUACGAACCGCCCUGCGUAUUCUGGGCGACGCUGACCCUCUGGGCAUACAGUGUAUUCUGCAGUAAAUCACGAAGACCUGAACAACGCAGCGGUAGUGCAACACGCCAGAUAUCGCCUGAUCGAUCAGACGACGAGAAUCCUACGUUUAUAAGGCUGGAUCGACCGAAUGAUGAUGAGAUGGUGCAGCUGUUUGUCAGGACGGGCGUGUUGAAGGCAUAUAUCACUGGUGUUGGGGAUAUUUACUCGGCGAAUGCGCCGAGGAGGAUAUUGAAAGAGGGGAGGAGGGUUUUGGAGAGCGUGGCGUUGGCGUGGGGGAGGAAUGGGGAGUAUCUGGAGUUGUUGCAGGCUCUGGCGUGA